GUAAGCUGUAGUCAGUCAAUGAAGAGCAGAGCUGAGUAAAGAGCGUCACUCACAGGGUUCCCGCCGGGCCCAGGUUGUGCAAUAAAAGUUCAGCAGCCUGGGGCACUCCUGCACCACCGCCAGUGCCGCUGUCGUGCUGUGAUCGCACCCCGCUCGGUCCAGCAGAGCGCUGUCCUCCCCGCGGACAGCAGGUCACUGUGGAUGGCGGUGCUCAUGGAUUUCCAGGGAUCCGCGGGAGAGCCCGUUUGUCCCUGGAGCUGGGAGGGGGCUCCGCCGGCCCUGGCAGCGGCCAGGAGCUGCGCUGGCUGCAGGGCAGGCUGGAGCCAGCCCGGCUCCGGUGCCGCCGGGAGCGCCCUCGGGCUGGGCCGGCCCUCCCCUGUCACGUGACGCUGCCCCGGAGAGCGCGGGAGGUGGGCGGGGUCUCUUCAAGGGCGCGCGCUCCGCCCUCGCGAACAGCCCAUCCGUGGGGGUCGGGCUUGAGCGCACGCGCUUUUCCUGCGCGCUCUGCGCUUGUAGCAGCGCGGCGGCCCCGCGAGUCCCUCCGGUGCGGGCCCGCGGCAUGGCCGAGCCGCGGCUGCUGCCGCUGGGGCUCCCGUUGUUGCUGCUGCUGCUGCUGCCACCGGUACUGCUGCUCCCGCCAGGCCACGGUGAGCUGGGGGAGCGGCCGGGCGGGCGGCGCCCAUUGGUUCCCCGCGCACGCCCUUCGCUCUCAUUGGCUGGAGCUCUCGUGCGCCCCGCACGCGGGGUCCCUGCGCUGUGGGCCGCGGGCGGGGGUCUCGUGCUGGGCCCCCCGGGCUCCCCUCACGCGCCCGUUCCCGCAGCCGCCCCGUCUCCCUGCCGCCCGGACCAGUUCCAGUGCGCGCCCGGCGCCCCCUGCUUCCCUCAGGACUGGCGCUGCGACGGCCACCCCGACUGUGAGGACGACGGGGACGAGUGGGGCUGCGGGACUGCGACCGCCGCGGAGCCGAGUGCCGGCCGCCCCGCGGUAACCCCGCCGAGGAGCUCGGCGGUGCCGCUCGCUGGCAGCGCAGAGCCUUCAGCUACACCUGAGCCUGAGAUCUCUGUGCCAUCAAGGAGUGAAGGUUACACAUGGAUCUUGAUUGUUGCAGGGCUCCUGAUCAUCCUGGUAGCUGCAGGUUCUGUUGCUGUAUGGGGUCUGUCCAAAGCAAAAUGCAGAUCGAACACCUCCAGUCUUGAAAAAGCAUCCAGGGAACAGCUGAUGCCUGGGAGCCUGAAAGGCUCCUUGCCCUGAAGGGGAUCCUUAUCUGAAGGUGAGAAGGUGGAACUAACAUUGUCUGUCUCCUGCUCACCACAGAGCCUGACUGAAUUGGACAUAGCUCUCAAAUCGGUGCUGGAAUACCAAGAGAAUGCUCCCUUUGUAAAUGGGUCUUAGAUUGUGGGACUACCUUGGCUCCAGAAAUAGCACAGGACCUUCCCUGGCACUGUGACAUCAGCACUCCCAAAGGUGAUAGAAAUGUCUUCAUUGUUCUGCAUGACAGUCAUUACUGCUGAUGCCCACCAGUGUGGCCUCAGACCCAAAGAUGCUUUUCUCCUUGAAACGCCAGGUGUUGUUCAACUGUCUCCUUCCACUUCCAGCCAAGAGCCUUUUUACAUCUGCCUCAUUCUUUUCCCUGGAUUUUGUCAGGGAAUAGGAGCUUUCUCACCUAUUUCCAUAAGCACUCACUUGCUGCACAGAUCAGACAAAUACUCCAUGCACUCACUACUGUUUGAUGCUGCUCCAUCCCAUCCAUGGGACGCUUUUACUGACAGUGCCACCAUGGGGGUGACAACAGUUUUGCUAUGCUGUCACCUGAGCCCACAUGGGGCAAAGAUCUCCUCAGCACUGGGCCGGCAUCUCCUCUCACACUCCCUUCCACAAACAUCUCCACCCUUGGCUGACCUGUUCUGCCCACCCCAGUGCUGAAUGCUGCAUGGGGCUCCUGUUGACACUCUUAAUGGUGUCUUCCUUAAAUCUGUUUGACAUGAGUGACCCUUGAGGGUCUGUACUGGGACCAGUGCUAUUCUGUUUCCAUCAGUGGUGUGUAGAGUGGGAUCAAGUGGACCCCCAGCCAGUCUGAGGAUGAGAGCAGCCUGAGGAGUGCAGCUGGGGAGGGGGAUGUCAUCCAGAAGGACCUUCACGCCCACAGGAGCCUCAUGAAGUUUGAUAAGAUCAAGUCCAAGGUCCUGCACCUUUGUUAGGGCAAACCCUGGAGAAGAGACAGCUCUGGAGGGAUGUUGUGUCUUGUCCAUGUCUAAAGGGGGAUUGUAAGACAGAUGGAGAGGGGCUUUUCACCAAGGCCUGUCAGGACAAGGGGCAACAAACUGACAGAGGGUGGACUUAGGUAGGACAUGAAGGGGGAUUUUAUGGUGAGGCCCUGGCACUGGUUGCCCAGAGAGCUGUGACUGCCCCAUCCCUGGGACCAAGCUAGACAGGGCUCUGAGCAUCUUGGUCUAGUGGAGGUGUCCCUGGAAAUAAGUAAUGUCUUGGGUCAGACACUGUGUGGCACGUGGAGCCCCAGCCAAAGGACUCAGUGCUGUGCACCUCUCAGAACUGUCUGUGCAGGGGCAGAUUAGUGCCCAGUGCCUCUGGGUCAGCAUUGACCAUGUGCACCUUGCACAAGUGUUCACUAAGUGCGCCAAGCUGCUGCCUUGGCUGCUCACCUCUGUGCCUUGAAGGUGAGAACUUGGCUUGCCAAGCACACACCAGUCAUCAGCCUUGGAGUAGGAGUCUUCUGCUCCUGGAUAGCAUGUGAGUGCUGCCAUACCCCAUGGGAGAAACUUCUACAUGUGGUGUGGAGUCCUGAGUUAUUCCAGAGCUGCUCUUUUUAGUACCAAGGAGUCAUUUGCAAGGGCACACAAAACAUUUUGUUUCCAUAGGCAUAGGUGGAGAUAGCUGUGGUGACUGACACAGGAGAAUAAAGAAUGUGAAAUUAACAAG